GUUGUCGAUCCUGAAAACGCCGACAUAACAUACGGCCAGCUUAUCCAUGCCGGAAUUUUCACCGAGCAACAAUAAACGUAUAUAACCGUGUCACGGCAUCAUAUACCCAGUGUAUUGUAUUAUAUAUAUAUUUUUCAUUUAUUUCCACUCGAAGUGGAUCGAGAAGUCAGUUGGAAUUUCGUUACAACGGCGUGCGGCUCGUGAUUACAGAAGAUUGAAAAUAAGAAGAAAAAUCCCACCCAAAAGUGUGAAUUUUCCACUUGAAACGCUAUUUCUGUCAAAAAGCUGGGCAUCGGGAAAACGUGGACGUAUUCCCGUUAUCUUUUCGUCUCCUCCUCAUUAAAAAUACAUAAAAAAUCAUUGCUAAACAUCGGAGGAGGUGCACCGGUAGAUUUGGCAUCAGCUCUCCUUCGUUUUGGAGCAGAAGAUAAAAAAAAACCCGUUGUAAAUCAUCUCAAUAUUUUUUUCAAAGUUUUGUGAAUGGAAAAAUUAUCAUGAUUACUCACAAAAAGGCGCAUUGCACUGUAAGGGACUUACGAAAAUGUUCAAGUUAUGUUCGGGCCUGAUCUGAUUCCAAAACAAUUUUUCAAAGAAUUUUUAUAUUUUUUUGAGAAAAAUAAUUCGCGUGUGGAGAGGAAGUGAAUUUUGUUUUAUGGGAUUUUUAUGAGGUGAUUGGACCGUUACGAUGAAUGGGUUUAGUACUGGUGAGGAAGAUUCUCGUGGCGCAGCUGAUCAGAUAUGCUGUUUAGUUGAUGAUGGUGAGAGGUGUACAAGGGCAGCUGGAAAUGCAUCGUACAGUAAAAGAAUAUCAAAAACAGUGACUCAGAGGCGUCUCAAGUUGAACGCCGAUGCUGGGGUACGUCAUACCUACAUCUGUGAUUACCAUAAACAAGUGAUACAGUGUGCAAGAUCAAAACAACAACAACAGAGGAGGCGGAAGGACUCCGAGGAAGACUCUGGUGAAACAGACAACGAUCUUCCUGAAGUGGAUCUAUUUCAGCUUCAAGUUGGUACAUUGAGGAGAUACAAGAAACAUUUCAAGGUCUCCACAAGACCUGGACUCAAUAAAGCACAACUAGCUGAUACUCUAAUGAAACACUUCAAAACAAUUCCCGUUGCUGAGAAAGAGGCCCUGAGCAUUUUCUUCUAUACUGUCAAAACAAAUGCCAAUAAACUCGACCAGAAAAAUGGCCUCAACAAUGACGCAACGUAACCAAUACUCUUAGUGUUACAAUCAAAUUCAUCCCCAUCAAUGACAUAAUUAAUUAGAUUAUUAUUAUUAUUAAUAUUAUUAUUUUAUCAUUUAUUUUCAUCUUUUCUAGGAAGAUGAUUGAAUCAUGUUUCGAAUAAUUAUACAAAGGAUUGUGAAUUUACUUAAGAGAAUUUUUUUAAUUGUUGAUAGAGGGCCGUAUAUUUUAUAAGAAUUAAUGAUAAAACUCGAUGAAAAAUUAUAUCAUAGGUUAAUUCAAGACUUAUACAAAUUCUCUGUAUUUAUUGAAUACUUUUCUCUUUCGUUUUUUUUUCUUUGCAUAUUUUUUCAUCAGAGUAAGUCACUCGUUGAGACUGUGCACGUGGUCUCCUCUUCACUGUCACUCAAUUCUAGAUGAAGGGAACAUGAGAAAAUUUAUUUCAGAAUAAUUGAAUAAAAAUUUAUAUAAAAAUCAAA